AUGACUUCGGACUUUUGGACGCGUGGAAUGCUCUUCCUGUCUCUCACGGUAGUGGGCGUUCCAGGCAACGGCGCCGUCAUCUUUGCCUUCCUCUUGGUGGCUUAUCAUGAGGGUCAUCUGUUACCUGCGGACGCCAUCGUACUUCACUUGGCUUCUGCUAACCUCAUGGUGGUGGCCGUUCGCUGUCUGCUGGAGGUUUUCGCCACGUUUGAGAUCUACAAUGUGUUUGACAACACUGGCUGCAAAGCCGUCAUCUUCAUCUACCGCACAUCCAGAUCUCUAUCCAUCUGGUUAACGUUCGUUUUGAGCACAUAUCAGUGCCUGAGCAUCACCCCGCCUGGGUCAUGCUGGGCCACUGCCCGCGCUCUGGUCGCCCAGUAUUUGGGUGUCAUUUUCCUGGCGUUGUGGGUGAUUAACACAUCCAUGAGUGUAGCGCCCCUCAUGUUCGCCGUAGGUGCCAGCAACAACUCCAAACUCAUCCAAAACGGAAUCAACCUGGAGUUCUGCUUCCUGAGUUUCCCGUCCAGACUGUCACGGGAUGCCAAUGGCGCAGCUCAGGUGGGCAGAGAUGUGGUGCCCAUGACACUCAUGACGACAGCCAGUCUCAUCAUUCUGGUGUUUCUGUAUCGCCACAGUCAUCAGGUGAAGGGUAUACGUGGUGGCAGACAGGGCCAGUCUGCAGAAAGGCGGGCGGCCAUCACGGUGGUCACAUUGGUAAUGCUGUACGUGUUGUUUUACGGGGUGGAUAACGGGUUGUGGGUUUACACGCUCACAGUCCCACAGACGUUGGGCUCAUCGCUGAUUUCAGAUCUCAGGAUCUUCUUCUCGUCUCUGUAUGCCGCUAUAAGUCCGAUCAUCAUUAUCAUCUCUAAUAAGAAAGUGAAUAAACAACUGAAAUUUGGAAAAGAGCAAAAGAUGAACUCUGACGCAGCGCAGUCAAGUAACUGA